GGGCCAAUGAUGUCUAUAUGCUUCCGGGAGGGUAUCCAGAUUAAACCUGAUGCUCUCGAUCAGAUAAUCAUAGGCUCAAACCAGGAUAUAAGGCAGGUUCUUCACCAUCUUUCUAUGUGGUCAGCCAAUGAAAAAAAUCUACAGGUUAAUGAUAUGAAGCGAGAAGCAGAAAAAGCCAAGAAAGACCUGAAAAUGGGUCCAUGGAUGUGUGUAAGAAAGUAUUCUCUGAAGCUGACCACAAAACAAUGAGUCUCUAUGAUAAGUCUGACUUGUUCUUCCAUGAUUAUUCCAUUGCACCUCUUUUUGUUCAAGAGAAUUAUCCAAAGGCUGUUCCACAUAUUGCUAAGGGUAAUCGUCGUGUGACUUUGGAACAGCUUGCCAAAACUGCAGGCAGUCUUGCAGAUGGAGACUUAGUAGAGAAAGCCAUUAGGUCUAAAAAUGCAUGGUCUCUCCUUCCUACUCAG